AUGAUGGAUAAGGACGGAACAAUUACUGCGGUCACUGCCAUCGUCCGUGAUCUUGGGCGCAAAGUCACCCCUCAAUUCAACCCCUCAAAUCACAACAAAGCGCCUUCGAAGCCGAUACUGAAUGGUCCGAUAUCGCUACCAGGACCCAAUAAUGCCACUAAGCGAAGCCUUGAAGUGGAAUUAUCGGCUCUGGUUCAGAGAGUGCAAUUUCUUGAAGACAAAUCAAACACCAUAAAUCAAGCUCUACCCGACACGCCUAGCGAGCUUCCACCGAGCUCACCUUUUGGUACAAAUGCGUUGCAGAAACCUCAGACCAACGGGCAGCUUCGUUCAAUGGAGCGGAAGAAUUCGACUUCUGUCAGAGAGGCGAGAGUGACCAACAUCCUGGCGGGCAAAACAUUCUCGGAUGAAGAGAUGGAGACCAUUCGAGAUCAUUUAGAUAAACAGGCCGAAGAGAUCAGAAGCCAGAGUGAUACAAUCGACGAUAUCAGUAAGCAACUGCAGAAGCAAGAAGAUACUUUGAAGGACACGUUUGUCAAAGUCGAGAAUGAGGAUUUGAGUCGGCUAGAGCGUGAAUUGAAGAAACAUGCGCAGGCAAACGAAGCAUUUCAGAGAGCGUUAAAAGAGAUCGGUAUUGUCAUCUCGAGCAUUGCUGCUGGUGAUCUCUCCAAGAAAGUGCGCGUUCACGCAAAAGAAAUGGACGAUGAGAUCGUCACUUUCAAGCGAACUAUCAACACUAUGAUUGAUCAGCUAGAUGCAUUCGGAAAUGAAGUGUCGAGAGUAGCCAAGGAGGUAGGUACAGAGGGUAAGCUUGGAGGACAGGCCAAUCUCCCGCAUGUUCAAGGCAUAUGGAGGGAUGUCACCUACAAUGGCAAGUUGAACCAAACGGUGAACAUGAUGGCUACUAAUCUCACCGAUCAAGUCCGGGAAAUCGCAGAUGUGACCACUGCUGUAGCUGAAGGUGAUCUAACUAAGCAAAUCACUAGACCAGCUCGUGGUGAGAUUGCCAAGCUUCAACAGACCAUCAAUACCAUGGUUCAACAGCUUGCGGAGUUUGCCCGUCAGGUCACUGAGGUGGCUUAUGACGUCGGUACAAUGGGAAAACUCGGUGGACAGGCCAGCAUUGCAGGUGUCAAAGGCACCUGGAAUGACCUAACGUCCAAUGUUAAUACUAUGGCAAAUAGACUGACUACCCAAGUUCGCGAUAUUGCUACUGUGACGAAGGCCGUGGCACGGGGAGAUUUGACGAAGAAAGUGCAGGCUGAAUGUGACGGAGAGAUCCUUGAACUGAAAAACACUAUUAAUUCUAUGGUAAAUCAGCUAAAUCAGUUCUCGUCAGAAGUCACGAAAAUUGCCCGUGAGGUCGGCACAGACGGUAUACUCGGUGGUCAAGCUCAGGUACAACAUGUCGAGGGGACCUGGAAGGACUUGACUGAAAAUGUCAAUGUAAUGGCAUCUAAUCUAACCACUCAAGUGCGCGAGAUUGCAUCGGUCACUACAGCAGUUGCGAACGGCGAUCUAAGUCGCGAGGUGACGGCAGAUGUUAAAGGUGAAAUCUAUGACCUGAAGACAACGAUCAAUUCCAUGGUGAAAAAGCUUAAUAACUUCGCUUUCGAAGUCAGUCGUGUCGCCCGUGAAGUCGGAACUGACGGCGAACUUGGAGGCCAGGCAACUGUAGAGGGAGCAGAGGGCAAAUGGCAGGAGCUUACUGUCAACGUUAAUACCAUGGCCAUGAACCUUACUCAACAGGUGCGCAAUAUCUCGGAUGUUACUGUGGCUAUCGCGCAAGGAGAUCUCAGCCAAAAGAUCGAGGUGCGAGCUGGGGGCGAAGUAGCACUCUUGAAAGAUACUAUCAACAACAUGGUAGACCAGUUAGAUACGUUUGCACGAGAGUUGAAAAAGGUGGCCCGAGAUGUGGGCGUCGAUGGCAAGAUGGGUGGUCAGGCUAACGUCUCAAAUGCAAAAGGCCGGUGGCGAGAGAUUACCGAGGACGUCAACACCAUGGCUGAAAACUUGACUUCUCAAGUACGAGCGUUUGGGGAAAUCACGGACGCAGCAACAGAUGGAGACUUCUCAAAGCUAAUCUCAGUUAAUGCCUCAGGCGAGAUGGACGAGCUAAAAAGAAAAAUCAACCGCAUGGUAUCCAACCUGCGUGAUAGUAUACAGAGAAAUACUGCGGCUCGCGAGACUGCUGAAUUGGCGAACAAGACCAAAUCGGAGUUUCUUGCAAAUAUGAGUCACGAGAUCAGAACACCAAUGAAUGGUAUCAUCGGCAUGACUCAAUUGACCUUGGACACCGACUUGACCCAAUAUCAACGAGAAAUGAUGAACAUUGUUCAUAAUCUCGCCAAUAGUCUGUUGACCAUCAUCGACGAUAUUCUGGACAUCUCGAAAAUUGAAGCCAAUAGAAUGGUGAUGGAAUCGAUCACUUUCUCGAUGCGAGGUAGUGUCUUCAGCGCCCUGAAAACACUAGCAGUCCGUGCGAAUGAUAAGCGGCUGGACCUCAAAUAUCAAGUUGACAGUUCAUUGCCAGACUAUGUCAUUGGUGAUCCAUUCAGACUCCGCCAAAUCAUUCUCAAUCUUGUUGGAAACGCUAUCAAGUUUACUGAGAAAGGUCACGUGAAAUUGACAAUUCGCCCUGCUCGUACAAUUGUUGUCGAGGAGGAUGAGUAUGCGUUCGAGUUUGCCGUGUCAGAUACAGGCAUCGGCAUACAAUCAGACAAGAAGAACCUCAUCUUUGACACCUUCCAACAGGCCGAUGGCUCAACCACACGCAAAUUUGGAGGUACAGGGCUGGGUUUGUCAAUAUCAAGAAAGCUUGUCCAACUCAUGGGUGGUGACUUAUGGGUCGAUUCUGAGCUUGGGGAAGGCAGCACGUUCUCCUUCACAUGUAUUACGAAGCUUGGGCCACAAGACACUGCUUCUGUCCGGUCCCAGCUUAGCGCAUAUAAGAGCCAUGUCGUGCUCUUCGUUGACAAAGGUCGGACUCAGUACUCAAAGGAGAUUACUGCUAUGCUCCAGCAGCUAGAGCUUGAACCUAUGACUGUCCGCUCAGAAGACCAAGUUCCUCUUCCCGAAUCAACGACGCCACCAUCGAAAUCUGAGCCGUCACUACCUUACGAUGUUAUUCUUGUGGAUGGCGUAGAUACAGCCGUCAGCCUUCGCGAUCAUGAUGCUCUACGCUUUGUUCCGAUCGUGCUUCUUGAGCCCAUAGUUCACGUAAGCAUGAAGCAGACACUGGAUCUUGGUAUAGCAUCCUAUAUGACAACGCCUUGCAAACCGAUCGACUUAGCUAAUGGCAUGAUUCCGGCAUUGGAAGGUCGCCAAACUACUUCUAUUGCUGAUGCGUCUAAAUCAUUCGACAUACUGCUGGCUGAAGACAAUGAAGUCAACCAGCGUCUAGCCGUCAAAAUCCUAGAGAAAUAUAAUCAUCGCGUUACUGUUGCAAACAAUGGUCAGGAAGCUGUCGAUCUUAUCCAGAAGAAGCGCUAUGACGUGAUCCUUAUGGACGUACAAAUGCCCAUACUAGGUGGUUUCGAUGCCACCAGGCUCAUACGGAAGUUUGAAAGGGACGAAGGUCUUGUCCGGACUCCAAUCGUUGCGUUGACUGCUCAUGCGAUGAUGGGAGACCGUGAGAAGUGUAUAUCAAAUGGCAUGGACGAGUACUUGACCAAACCUCUCAAACAGACGGCAAUGAUGCAGACCAUUCUGAAAUGUGGUAUGCUUGGGGGCAAACUCUUGCAGAAAGGGAAGGAGACAAGGAUAUCCGCUAAGGAUGAGGUCGGCGACAUAGUCUCUGACGUUCAGGAUGAUGGAACGGAGGAUGCUAAGGCCAACAAAAGACCCGAGCUGGCGAAAAGAGCCAUCACCGCUGCUGGUCCCGUUGGUGCCCUAGAGAGCCCUGGACUACUGACGGCGGAUAUCCACGAUCCCCUUAUUGCGGAGAGGAUACUCCUUCGAUCACACAGCAGCUAA